GCGGCCGCGGAGGCGCAGGCAGCGGCUGAGGCAGCGGCGGGCUCAGGUGCAGCCGCUGGAAACUAAAGCUGUGUGUAUUUGUGGAUCAGACAAGUGCAGCAAGUUAAUAUCAUUGGCUCUGAAGGGGAAAGUGAGGUGAUGGCUGCGUUUAAGUUGGAUUUCCUUCCAGAAAUGAUGGUGGAUCAUUGCUCUUUGAAUUCCAGUCCUGUCUCAAAGAAAAUGAACGGCACCCUGGACCACCCCGAUCAACCAGAUCUUGAUGCUAUCAAGAUGUUUGUGGGCCAGGUUCCAAGAACCUGGUCUGAGAAGGACUUGAGAGAACUUUUCGAGCAGUACGGUGCUGUCUACGAAAUCAACGUCCUAAGGGACAGGAGCCAAAACCCUCCUCAGAGCAAAGGGUGCUGUUUUGUUACGUUUUACACCCGCAAAGCUGCAUUAGAAGCUCAGAAUGCUCUUCACAACAUGAAGGUCCUCCCAGGGAUGCAUCAUCCUAUUCAGAUGAAGCCUGCUGACAGUGAAAAGAACAAUGCAGUGGAAGACAGGAAGCUCUUUAUUGGUAUGAUUUCCAAGAAGUGCACUGAAAAUGACAUCCGAGUCAUGUUUUCUUCAUUUGGACAGAUUGAAGAAUGCCGGAUACUACGGGGACCUGAUGGCUUGAGCCGAGGUUGUGCAUUUGUGACUUUUACAGCAAGAGCCAUGGCACAGACAGCUAUCAAAGCAAUGCACCAAGCACAAACCAUGGAGGGUUGUUCAUCCCCUAUGGUGGUCAAAUUUGCUGACACUCAGAAGGACAAAGAACAGAAGAGAAUGGCCCAGCAACUCCAGCAGCAGAUGCAACAAAUCAGUGCAGCAUCUGUGUGGGGAAACCUUGCUGGUCUGAAUACUCUUGGACCCCAGUAUUUAGCACUUUAUUUGCAGCUCCUUCAGCAGACCGCCUCCUCUGGAAACCUCAACACCCUGAGCAGCCUCCACCCAAUGGGAGGAUUAAAUGCAAUGCAGUUACAGAACUUGGCUGCACUGGCUGCUGCAGCGAGUGCAGCUCAGAACACACCAAGUGGUACCAAUGCUCUCACUACAUCCAGCAGCCCCCUCAGUGUACUCACCAGUUCAGCAGGGUCUUCACCUAGCUCCAGCAGCAGUAACUCUGUCAAUCCCAUAGCCUCACUUGGAGCUCUGCAGACAUUAGCUGGAGCAACUGCUGGCCUCAAUGUUAGCUCCUUGGCAGGGAUGGCUGCUUUAAAUGGUGGCCUGGGCAGCAGUGGCCUUUCCAACGGCACUGGGAGCACCAUGGAGGCCCUCACCCAAGCAUACUCUGGUAUCCAGCAAUAUGCUGCUGCAGCGCUCCCCACUCUGUAUAACCAGAACUUAUUGACACAGCAGAGUAUUGGUGCUGCUGGAAGCCAGAAGGAAGGUCCAGAAGGAGCCAACCUGUUCAUCUAUCACCUGCCCCAGGAGUUUGGGGACCAGGACCUGCUGCAGAUGUUUAUGCCCUUUGGGAAUGUCGUGUCUGCCAAGGUUUUUAUAGACAAGCAGACAAACCUGAGCAAGUGUUUUGGUUUUGUGAGUUACGACAAUCCUGUCUCAGCUCAAGCUGCCAUCCAGUCCAUGAAUGGCUUUCAGAUUGGCAUGAAGCGGCUUAAGGUGCAGCUCAAACGUUCAAAGAAUGAUAGCAAGCCCUACUGAGCGUGCUCCCCUCUGAGACUGGAGUGAGAGGGUCUUCUGAUUCCUGCCGUUUGUUCAUCGUUGUGCCUAAAGCAUGUCGAUGUGGCGUCAAGUACAUCGUCCAAAUCCCUGUCUCUUCAGCUUCUCUGAUGCUUGAACUCUCACCUUUGACCUUGUGUUGACCUUUGAUGCUGAUGUGUAUUUUUAUUAUGUUUGUUUCUUUCUUUGUUUUUUCUUUUUCUUUCUUUUUUUUCCCUUUUGUGCUGCCAAAAUUGGUUUUGCUAGAACGACUGCUGAAGGGAAAAAUAUUUAAACUUGCAUUUGAAUAUAAAAAAAAUCUAUUUUUCUAGAACUUCAUAAGAUAACCACUUGAUUUUGUGAUUCCAAUUCUUUGUAAUUGUCUUCAGAGCAGCCCUACUAGCACAUACCGCGUGGUGUUUGUACUUCUGUGAACACACGGCCAGUCCGUCUCUAGGCUUUGUUUCUCUGUGUGCUUAGUUUUAAGACAACCUUGAAGAAAAAAUGAAAUAAAAGAUGUCACUCAAACCUUUGAGGCUCCUGAGCACAUUUUGCUGAUAUAGUUUGUGGGGCUUGAGGAGACUGCAUGUGUUAAUUUUUUGUUUUUCUUGAGUUUUCAAUUGCAGAAAACACCUGAAUCCCCCUCCCUUUUUGACCGAAGGCUGCAGUUUGGGCCCAAGCCAGCCUCUUUCUUUUCUUUGGUAGUUCUUCCCUGGAGCGUCUGGGGAAACCUUAGGGUCUCUUGCUCCUUCCUGUCAGCUCACCUCCAUGCUUAUUCCUACAGUCUCCACGGCAAAAUGUGAUGCUUUGAAAUUUUUUUGUUUUUGUGUUUUUGUUUGAUUUUUUUUUCCUUUCCUACUAAAAUUACGCCCAGAAAAAAAGUUUUGCAUGUUUCCUGCUGUUUCUUCACACCUUCGUAUAUAUCACCUUCACCUCUAUGUUUUCUAUAGUUUGUGCAAAAACUGACUGAUUUAAAGGGGUUUCAAAGAAGCUGUUUUAAAUUGUUGUGGGGUUGAUUUUCUUUAUUUCAAGAUUGUACUGUUUUAUUUUGAAAUAGCAACUUUCUCCUCUAUUGCCCUUAGUGUGUCUGCCUGUGCACUUAGACUGUUGCCUUGUGUGGCCUCUAGGUCUCAGUGGGGCAUCCAGGAGGCUGGCUACUCUGCCCCAAAGGCUACAGGGGUUGAGAGGCAGAGAGCUAGAACCAAAGGUGGCUGUGGGUGGACAAAAGGCUUAGCACAUCAAGGCUUGCACCCGGAGGAGGGAGAAUGCUCCUAAACACCCAGAGAAGGCCGUCUGCGACUAAGCGGCAGUCUACCUGCCAGCGCUUUUCCUAGGUGACAAGCACAAAACUACAGUCUUCACACUGUUUACAGCCCUGGGCACCAUUCACCCACCCUGGCUCUUUGCCAUGGCUCUGCUCUUGCUUAGCUAGUGGGAUGGGGGUAGGGGCAGGGAUUUGUUUUUUUAAUUGGGUGAAGAGCCAAAUAGCUACUGUCCCCUGGGUGCCUAGCCAGCCAGUUCUUUGGUUUCCAAAGGGGAACUUACACCCUCUUCUCUCAUAGCACCAUCCAGCCUCAGGGAAUUGAGGGAGAAUGUGAAUAGAGGGGAGGAGGCUAGGGAGAUGAGUGAACAGAGAUGGAUCUUUGGAAGAAGAGGCAGCAGAUCCCACCCAGGCCCAAGUGCUGGUGGGAGGGAGAACUGGGAAGCAAGAUUGUCCAGGGAAGGGUGGUGAGUUGCAGCAGGGGACGUGGGGUGGGAGGCGGGUAGAAGCAGUGUCUGGCGUCAGCCAUACUGGGGCUGGUGGCAGAAGGGAUUCCAGCAGAAUUUCUGCUUUGGGAUCCUGCAGGUUGCCCAGUAGUAUGCUUGAGGCCACCUUGGAAGAAAGGGCAGUCAAGUAGAGACCCCGUGUACAGUAGGCUGCUUAAUGUCCCGGAAGGGGUGGUAAUUGGAUGGAAAGAGGCCAGAAGCCACAGCCUGAAGGCCUGCUGUGUGCCCCACAGUCUGACUGCACAGGGCCCCUCUUGGAGGGGGCGCUUAGGCUUCCCUUCCUAUGUAUUGAGAAGCUGUGUUUGCCAAUAUAUUUUGCUUUCAAUUCCAAGAGGAGCUCUGGGAAAACCUGUGGAUAAAACCAAAUGCCAAACGUUGGAUGUUGUUUCCUUUUCCUUUACUCACUGAUUGUUUUAAUUGUUCUGUAGUGGUUUUAAUGGAUUUGAGACCCUGGAGCGGCAGCUGCCUUUCUGAUUUCCAGCUGCUUUUUGUGAAUAAUUUAAAAAGAAAAAAAAAAGAAACUUUACAUUUUGGAGACAAACCUGUGUGAGUUUUUUAUUGGUACAAACGUUGUAUUUAACACUAGGGGUUUUGUACAGUUUUUUGCCUUUUCUACUAGAAAACAAUGUAAAGUGAUUUCACAAUGUGAAGAGAAAAAAAUUGCCACUAUGACCAAACGCACAGUCUGUUCUGCAGCCACAACGGGAUUCAAUCAACUCAGUCGUGAUUCAGCCGUAGAAAUGCUUUUCCUUGACCUUGUUUGAGCUUUCCUUUUUUCCUGUUUUGAUUUGCAAAAGAAAAUGUCUUUUUGUGUGAACUUGUGUUGUACUCUGUAGAAAAUUAUGGAUUUUUGCUUUAAUGGUUUUUUAAAAAAAGGCAAGAAGGGCCCUUGUAGCUUUUCUUACCUAAUCACAGUUUGUGUAGUGGAUUAAAAAAAAAGAAAAAAAAAAGUUGUUGCAAAGUUUGAAGCAAGGGAGUAUGUGUUUAAAGGGACUCUCCUUCCCUUUUGUGUGUUUUCCUUUUGUCCCAAUGAAACCUAAAUCUGUUUUAAUUGCACAGACACACGGACAAAAAGUCAUUUUGUAUCUGCCAAGUGUGGUACCUUCCUUUGUUUAUUUGCUAUUAAACUGUUUGAGAAGAA